AUUAUCCUAAAUUCUUUAUUCCUUUUCAGGUCGUGGUGAUUUCGUUGGGGGGAUAGACAACGAAGCCUUGGAUUUUUCACAGUUGGAGGACUUUAUCAACAGUGACAGUGAACAACCUGCGACACCUGACCGCGCAUAUUGACGUAAUCGCGUACACCAGGAAACGCAUCCAGCCAUUCUUUAUACGCACACAGUCAUACGUACGCGUACGUAUAUACUCAGCCCGCAGACAGAUAUUCACGCAGAUAACGACCGCAGAGGUGUAAUGAUAUAAUGACAGAGGCAGACGGAACGGAAUUGAUGGAAUCACAGCGUGCACACUGCGUUAACCCUGCUAAUUCGACUUCCAGCACUCGUCUUCCAUUAAAAGGCUCCCGGGAUCAUCGCACAGCGACUGGAUUAACCGAGGAAAAAAAUUAAAAAAAUUUUAUUUUCGCCCAAUGCGACACUCGUAUAUCGUUUAUUUAACAAUAGUAAAUUCUAAUUUGUCAGUGUUUUGUACUUAAAAAUAUUGAACGCUUUUUUACACUUGCAUUUUUCUUGUUUUUUUUUUCAUCUUUUAGGAACAGAUUCGCUUUAUCCUGGAUAAUUUUUCAUUGUUUUAUUACUAAUUUUUGUGUUUUCUCCCUCUCUUUCUCUCUCUUAUUAUUCAUUACUCUUGUAUUUCUGUAUGUAUUUCAAAGUGUACACGUGCAUGCAUCGUGAUCAAUACGCAAUAGAUAUGUUAUUUAAAAAAAACAUUAGUUAGAUAGAUAAGCGAAGAAAAUUCAUAGUUAUAGUGACUCAAAUGCGAAGUGAUUUUAUACGGAAUUGUCCGUUUAGAGAAAGGAGAUUCGUAUGUAUUAUAGAAAUAUUAUAGAAAUAUUUAUUUUUUAUUUUAGUUGUAUUAAUUGCGAAACAAUAUAAAAUAAUACGAGACAUCAUGAUAAUAAAAACCAUAUGCAAUAAGAGAUAAUAAAGAGACAAUGAUAGUCAUAAUUUUUAUUUAAAGAAUCAGAAAUUUCCAUCUCGAAUGACAAUAUAAUUACUGUAGCUUAUGCAAUGAGGAGGAACAGGUAUUUUGCAUGAUUUUUUUUAACGUGGUCGACAGAGAUUGCAGAUUGUUAUUGAAUGAACGUUCCUUAUUUGCUUUUUAAUCAAGAAUUCGUGGAAAAUUCAAAGACGCGUAAAUCGUCCGUCGCCGCGAAUCUUCCUUACUUCGAUGGAAACUGCAUAAUAGUACCGGUACCGUGCAGUUAUAAACGCUCACGAAUUCUUCGAGUUGAGAAAACUCAAUGCGAGACGCAGCGCGAAGCAUCAUUUACCGCUGUACGCCGAACUGUGAUUCAGACGAUAACGAUAUCUCAUGUUUUGCAAAUUCAACAUACAGCCGCGGUCUUGGCAUGCAUAGCUCUCGAAAGAUCAAUAAAAAAGGUGUUGACGUAGCGCGCGUACCGAUUCUCUAUCACAAUGUCUUCUAACAUCUUUACAUCACCUGUAUCUCUAUAAAUAUGCAUCUGUACUGGUACACUGUAUAAAUAUUCGAUAGCAGAAGCAACGAAUGUAAAUAAAAAGAAAAAAUAAAUAAAACCGCGCAAAGAUGUUGGAUGAAAAAAAAGACGUGCUGUGUUUCGUGUUUAGAUAUUUCGCGGACACCCUUGCCCACAAUGAAAAUGGAACGGUGUCCCACGGUGGCCGAAUCGAGGCACCCACGUCGCAGCCGGUCGCUCAACAGCAGCCACCACCGCGACUACCUUCACCACAGAUGACGCAGGCUCAUCCAGUUUCGAUAGCGUGCGCUUCCGGUACCACGACGGUACCCAACAACGGCGGCUACAAAGAUCCGCAGGCGUAUGUUCACCCACACGCGCUACCGGAAAGCCCACCGGAUAGCGGAAGUGAGCCACCAUACUCACCGCCGGGACAUAAUGACACUCAACACGUACAUUCUCCGCAUCAAAAAGCAGCUUUACAAGAGAUACUGUUGCAUCAUCAGAACAAUCAAUACCCUUCUAAUUUGCUACCACCUUCUCCAAGAACGUUGCCUGCAACAACAACGGAUCCUCUAUUGUUAACACCGGUUCUGACAUCCCAUCUUACAUCGGGAACGUCGAAUCUACCAACGCAGCCCCAGAUAGGACCGUCUUUAGUGCCGUUAUCGCACGAACAUAAUUCGGCUGGCAUUAACACGCUAUACUCGUCUCUGCAGUCAGCUCCAAAAAAAAGGAAACUCAGUCAAGAUGGCCUUAUCCACGUCAAACAGGAACCCGAACUAGGUACCGUGGAGCACAGUUGUAGCAGCAGUAGCGCAGUGCUGGACAACGACGAAGUUGCUGACGGCAAUUACAUUGAUGCUAGUUAUCAGUGUAUUCGGUUCCAUCCUUUCCAGCAAACAUCUUGGCACGUUCUUUGCGAUCAUAAUCUCAAAGAGUUACCGGUACCACAUUAUAGAGUGGAUGCUGAUAAAGGAUUUAAUUUUAGCAAUUCGGACGAUGCGUUUGUUUGUCAGAAGAAGAAUCAUUUUCAGAUAACAUGCCACGCGCAGCUUCAAGGGGAGGCCGUAUUUGUUAGAACUGGCGAAGGCCUGAAAAAGAUAAGCGGUUUCCAAUUACAUUUCUACGGAGUUAAAGUGGAAUCUCCAUCGCAAACAAUCAGAGUCGAACAAAGUCAAAGCGAUAGAAGCAAGAAACCAUUCCAUCCUGUAACGCUCGAAUUAGGCGGCGAACGUGUUACAAAAGUGACGGUCGGCCGCUUGCACUUUAGCGAAACUACAAGCAAUAAUAUGCGUAAGAAGGGAAAACCAAAUCCGGAUCAGAGGUAUUUUCAUUUGGUUGUCGGACUGCACGCUCAUACCGCAGACCAAGCCAGUUAUCAAGUAGUGGCUCACGCAUCGGAACGUAUAAUUGUCAGAGCGAGUAACCCAGGGCAGUUUGAAUCAGAAGGCACUGGGGUGGGUGCUGAAGGUGGAUGGCAGAGAGGAGCAGCUCCAGAUAGUGUAUAUCAUGCCGGCAGAGUUGGAAUUAAUACGGAUAGGCCAGACGAAGCUCUUGUUGUGCAUGGCAAUAUGAAGGUGACCGGUCAUAUCGUUCAACCCAGUGACGUAAGAGCGAAACAAAGCGUUCAAGAGGUGGAUACGCGCGAACAAUUACGAAACGUGCAACAACUACGCGUUGUUCGUUAUCGAUACGCUCCAGAAUUCGCGCAACAUUCGGGUCUGGAUGUUAAACAGGAAGAUACCGGUGUCAUAGCGCAAGAGGUUCAGCAAAUCUUACCGGAAGCGGUGCUGCCGGCAGGCGAUAUAGUUCUGCCAAAUGGUCAGAGAAUUGAAAAUUUCUUAGUGGUAAAUAAGGAGAGAAUAUUUAUGGAGAAUGUUGGUGCUGUCAAAGAAUUAUGCAAGGUGACGGACAGUCUAGAAACAAGAAUAGAUCAAUUAGAGAGAAUAAAUAAACGACUAGCGAAAUUGAAAAGAGGUGAUAGCCUAAAGAGUUCCAUCAGCACGGUAUCUAGUAUAUCAGGCAAUAAAUAUUCAUCAUCUAUCAAUAAUAAGUCAUCUUUGCACGGAAAGACAAAAAGGCUCGAAAGGGAGGAAGAACUUCUCUGCAGUAAUAAAUUUAUUCAAAUUAUCAUUGUGAUACUUAUUCUCAUCAUGGCAUUUUGUCUGGUUGCAAUGGCAACAUUAUAUUUCUUAGAAUAUCAAAAACGCAGUAGCGUUGAAUGGUCCGCCAUGGCAAGCAAUGGAAUGUUGGCUAUUGGCCCGGCUCAUCCACCGACAAUGUCUACCACAUCUAAUUAUGAGCAUCGAUAUAAUUCGUUGUUACAUAGCACAUUAUCCCCGUUCUAUACGAAGCAAGGCUCUUACACGAGGGAAUUAGACGGAGGAUUAUCUAUCAAAAGUAAUUUCCUUACCACACCACCUCCGCACACGAAACAGCAGUUAUACUCUCAGGAAAUAACAUGGUAUCCGAUGAGCCAUCCAGGUCCCCAACCGAAACAUGAAAAAAAUAAUGAAUUCCCGGGAAAUUGGCUUAGUAGAAAUGGCGCAGGUGCUGUUCCUAGCAAUGUGGACGAGAAUGAUCAAGGCUCGGAUUUAGAUUCUUCAUCUAUUAAUAAAGGUCCAAUUCCUUUAGGAAGACCUGAAGAAUGUCCUGCACAUUUUACUGAACUUGAAAGUCCAUGUCAGAUAUAUUGUUGCACAGCUGAGAUUCAUCAAUUAGAAGAUCCUCAGCCUGAUCAUCCACCAGAAAAGAAAUCUAUUUCAGAUCACUUGGAACAGCCAUUAAGUAUGCCACACGAAGAGAAACGAAAAUUAAAUAAGGGUUUCCAAAAUGGUAUUAGCCCAUCCGAUCCUAGCACUCAAACUCUUGUGAAAGAGACCAAUUACAAGUAUUUACAUAAACGAGCAAGACGAGAAACCGGUGGUGGAGAUUGGGGAGAAGUCGCUAGUAACGCCGCGGGAUCAUUGCCACCGGAACCUAGACCACAAUUAUUUAUAGUAGCAAAAAAUUUCAACACGUCUUUGGAUCAAAGAUAUUGCUCCCCAUCGUCACCAGAUACACCCAACAACAUUAGUUGCAUCGUGCCUUUAUCAAAACAUAUGCCCGAUACGCAUUUAACAUUACAUUUUGUCGGUAUGCCGUGGUAUUGGCAAAUCGUGCAGCAGUGUCCUUUCUCACCAAAUCCUGGUAUGGACGAAACAAUGGUGUGUGGUUGGAGCUAUACUAUGCAGCAACAAUCUCAGUAUAUCGAAAAUAGUAAUCAACCGGGUGAUCAAUCCUUUCCUCUUGAUGUCGCUCAUUAUCUUAGAAAGACUUUAAAGUUUCGAAUACCUACGAUGCAACCUCAAGAGAAUAUUUGCAAAAGUAAGCAUGAUGUCGACUAUUUGGAAUUUACAUUACAUUUUUAUCGAGACUGCGAAGAACAAUGAAUAUUUUCCCUUUGUACAGCACACUUAUAAGAAACUUUAUAAGUUUCUACUUAUCAAACAAAAGUUAGAUUUCUCCACUCCAUAAAGUCUUUGUGCCUUUGUAAUCUGUCCUCUGCUUUUCAUAGUUUACAGUACUCUUAUAUUUUAUAUAUCAUCGCAUUGCA